AAUCCCCUUAUUUUUGGGGAUGGUGAAUGGGAUGUGGGAGGUUUUUAAAAAAUGACAGAUAAAUUUAGGGAAUGGUGAUUUUUAGUUAAAUUAUAGGGAUAGGGAUAAGGAGUGGGAUGUGAAUGCUCGGACGUGAAAGGUUUUUAGAAAAUGAGAGAUAAAUCUAGGGAAUGAUGAUUUUUAGUUAAAGUACAGGGAUAAGGGGAUAAGGAAUGGGAUGUGAAUGCUUGAAAGCGAGUAGAGAUAGAAUAAUGUCAAGGGAGGUGUCUGAUUUAAACAAGUUUUUUUUAAUGUUUAUAAGUCUUAUUACAUGGACCAAUCAAAAAAGUGAAAAACAUAAAAAGACAAUUAUGCCUUCAUGUGUGUCACAGCUUCAAAGACGAUCCGUAAUAUAAGUUUCAAAAAUGGAAAUCAGUCAAUCACGCAUUCCAACUUCUUCCUGUUAUCUCUCUCUAAUCUAACAAGUUGUGGUCUUGUUUAAUCUGGAUUCAGUCUCCAUAAGGUUCCCAAUUGUAGCCAAGAACAAAUGAUAAAUAUUUGCAACUGUUUUCUAUAAAUAGAUAGCACACAUGCCAUGUCACCAGUUGGUUUGAUCUUCUUAUUAGCUGUAUAUAAUAUAAAUAUGUAACUAGCCCCAUCUCUAGUUUAUGAUCAACACAAUCUAUCUGGCCUUUUAUAAACAAACAAACAUCAAUCUCACGAGUACAAUAUGAUGAACAACUCUCAGAGUGAAGCAGAACAGGCAACUGCCCAGGCUAAGGCCGAAGCUCAGGAAAAGACCAGUCAGCUGAUGGAGCAAGCCAGCAAUGCUGCACAGUCCGCCCAAGAGUCGAUGCAGCAGGCUGGCCAGCAAAUUAAGGAAAAGGCACAAGUAGCAACCGAGGCAGUGAAGAACGCAACCGGGAUGAACAAGUGAACCCCAUGGAUCAAGUUUUAUCAACCACCAUCGUUUCUUUUGACCAGAACCUGUUUACAAUUCUUUACAAAAUUUUAUAUUAUUUUUUAUAAUUCCGUUC